UGGGUCCACGGCUUAAAAUCACCGCUUCUUUCCUGGUCUUCGCUGCUUCCGCUCCCCCAUUUCCCCCUCACUUCCACUUCUCGCUCUCUGCUGGUGAUAAUGUCUGAGCACGACGAUAGCAAGGUGCCUACAGUCGAGGGCGCUGCCGAUGCAAAUGCACGCCAAAAGGCUCUGGCCCACCUCGCCAAUGACGAAGAGGCCAUGCGAGCGAGCUACGGCAAAGCGUCGCUCAAGGCCAUCGUGAACGACCGGUACGCAUUUGGCUGCAGCCUCUUCGCUGCCAUGGGAGGUCUCCUGUUCGGCAUCGACCAGGGUUUGGUCUCUGUUAUCCUGGUCAUGCCUAAAUUCCUCGAGCGUUUCCACCAAAUCGACGGCACCAAGGAUGUUUCGGCCGGCUUCCACAAAGGUAUAUUGACUGCCAUGAUCGAGCUGGGCGCCCUCGUCGGAGCAAUGCUGGCCGGUUUCGUCGCCGACAAGUUCUCUCGCCGCGGCGCCAUUCGGACUGGUGUCGUCUUUUUCAUCAUCGGCAGUGCAAUUCAGACGGGUUCCAUCUCCUACGACAUGCUCGUUGUCGGCCGAUUGAUUGGGGGCAUCGGUAUCGGCUUCUUGAGCAACACCUGCCCUGUCUACAUCAGCGAGCUCUCCCCACCGCAUAUCCGUGGCAUUCUCCUUGGACUCGAGGAGUUCGCAAUUGUUGGUGGCAUCUGCCUCGCAUAUUACGUGACCUAUGGGACUCGUUUCAUCGAUUCGGAGUGGUGCUACAGACUACCAUUCCUCCUGCAGAUUGUUCCUGGCUUCAUCCUCAUGGUAGGCGCGUUUAUCCUGCCUCCGAGCCCGCGUUGGCUCGCCAUGCAAGGUCGCAGCGAAGAAUCGCUCAUGACACUGGCAAAAAUUCGCAGACGGCACCCCGACGACGCCCUCGUUCAGGCCGAAUGGCUUGAAAUUCGCGGCGAGGCCGAGCUCCACGAUGAGAUCCGGAGGGAGCGACACCCCACGCACCAGUCGGGCAGCUUCAAGGAUCAGGUUGCCCUCGAGCUGUGGGGCUGGGUCGACACACUUCGUCCGGGCUGCUGGAAGAGGACCGUUAUUGGUAUUCUCCUCAUGGCCUUCCAGCAGCUCGUUGGCAUCAACGCGUUGAUCUACUACGCACCGACUCUCUUUGAGCAGCUGGGACUCAACUACGAUGAUCGCCUCAAUCUUUCCGGCGUGGCCAACCUUUGCCAGCUUGCCGGUGUCUUUAUCUCCUUCUUCUUUAUCGACAAGAUCGGACGCAAACCCUUGCUCACGUUUGGCUCCGUCGGCAUGACUGUGUGCAUGAUCAUCGUUGGCGUCCUCACCGCCGUCUUCAGCAACGACUGGCCAGCACACAAGCCCGAAGCGAGGGCCGCCGUCGCCUUUCUCAAUAUUUACAUGGUCGUCUUUGGCUUGUCUUGGGGUCCUAUCCCCUGGUCCAUGCCGUCGGAGCUCUUCCCUUCAAGCCUGCGUGCAAAGGGCGUUGCAUGGAGCACUGUCAGCAACUGGCUUUUUAACUUCAUCAUCGGCCUCAUUGUUCCGCCACUUGUUGAUGCAACAGGGUACGGCGCAUUUGUUUUCUUCGCCUGCUGGGCCUUCGUCUCGGCCCUCUUUGCCAUCUUCAUCGUUCCCGAGACGAAAGGAAAGACAUUGGAGCAGCUCGACACGCUCUUCAACGACCGCACGGGCACGGCCGACGAGGAACGACGCACACGCAUCAACAAUCGUCUCGCGGCAGAAGCAUCCGCUCGUCUCGCCGAGCGCAGCUCAGCAUACAGCGCAGACGGCACCACGCAGCAGCGCGUCGGCAAAGCCGCCGACGAUGAUGCCGAAGACCAGAAGCUACCUUCUCUGGCCUAAGUGGCAACGGAUCGCUUCUUGUCUUUGUUCUUACGCAAUACCACAAUCUCACAAUGUAACACAAUGAAUUUCAGCUGUCACCGCUU